UGUGAAGACAAGAGGACUGUAACACCAUGUAAAGUUUAUGGUGCACAUUGUAAAGACAAACCUGGUGGUUGGAGAGACUACAUGGAGGAACACUGUAUGUCAACCUGCAACUAUUGUACAACAGAAAAUGUAGCUUUAGGCAAGACUACCAAACAGAGUUCAUCUUUAAUCCAGACUGGAUAUAAUUCAUCUAAUGCUGUAGAUGGUGAACGUCAGGAUAAAUAUGGAUCUUGCUCAGUUACAAAUAAUGACAUCAAAUCAUGGUGGUGUGUUAAUUUACAGAAGCCAUACAAAAUCAACGAAAUUAAUGUUUAUGGUGAAAAUAGAAAUAAAGGCACUGAAGUCAGCUUUACUAAUUUUUCUGUAAUGAUCAGUGAUACUGGUAGUUGUGAUGAAGCAACUCUUAAAUCAUCACCAGUUUGUUAUAAAGAUCCUGGUAGUAAUAGAAAUCCGUAUAGUAUAGAUAGAUGUAAUCAACAAGCAGAUGUAGAGUUGACAGGACAUAUUGUAUUUAUAACAACAGACAUUGAAUAUACAUCUCUAGCAUUAUGUGAAGUAGAGGUUUAUUCAGUUCGAUGUUCAGAUGGAUAUUAUGAAAAAUCUAGAGGAAGAUGUUCACCUUGUAACUGUGGUGUGAAACCAUGCGACCCUGAUACAGGACGUUGUUUAGAGAGAUGCCCUAUAAAUUGUAAGAUUGAUAAAUGUGAUGUUACUGGUAGAUGUACAGAUGGCUGUAAUGUGGGAUUCUAUGGUAUUAAUUGUACGGGUGAAUGUAGUCCAAACUGUAAAGGUGGUUGUAACAUGACGAAUGGUUUCUGUAUUAAUGGAUGUAAAGAAGGUUUCUAUGGUAAUGAUGGAAUGUGUAAGCUAGUAUGUUCAAACUGUAAUCCCGGUGGCUGUAAAAUGAAAGAUGGAACUUGUAUUAACGGGUGUAAAGAUGGAUUUUAUGGUGGGAGAUGUAGAUCGAACUGUUCAACAUGUAAAGACAGUAGAUGUGAGCGUGGUGUUUGUACCAAUGGAUGCCAAGACGGGUUUUAUGAUCGUGGUGGAUGGUGUCUCAAAAAAUGUCCAAAUUGUCUACCAGGAGGAUGUGAUAAAGAUGGUGGUGUUUGUAUCAGUGGAUGUAUAGAUGGUUGGUAUACAGAUACAUGUAAUACAAGUUGUAGUAGUUAUUGUCAAGGUGGAUGUAAUAGAUCAAAUGGUGUAUGUAAAACAUGUUCUCCAGGUAGAUAUGGUGAUACCUGUCAACAUGAAUGUAGUAGUUAUUGUCAAGGUGGAUGUAAUAGAUCAAAUGGUACAUGUACAAUAUGUUCUCCAGGUAGAUAUGGUGAUACCUGUCAACAUGAAUGUAGUAGUUAUUGUCAAGGUGGAUGUAAUAGAUCAAAUGGUACAUGUACAAUAUGUUCUCCAGGUAGAUAUGGUGAUUAUUGUCAAUAUGAAUGUAAUAGUUAUUGUCAAGGUGGAUGUGAUAGAUCAAAUGGUAUAUGUAAAACAUGUUCUCCAGGUAGAUAUGGUGAUUAUUGCCAACAAGAAUGUAGUAUUGGUUGUGUUUAUAACAUAUGUUCUACAGAUGGGUCGUGUAGUUGUAAAGCCACUUAUUAUGGUGAUAAUUGUAACAGGACAUGUAGUGAUGGAUGUAUCAACAGUUGGUGUUCUCCUUAUGGUGGAUUUUGUAGAUGUAAGGAUACCUAUUACGGUGAGAAAUGCGAAAAUGAAUGCAGUAACAAAUGUAUCAACGAACAAUGUAGAGAAUCAUCAGAACCAGAUAAACCACGGUGUACAGUUGGAUGUAUUGAUGGUUAUAAAGGUUCUUACUGUCAAACACCAUGCCCUGUUAACUGUGUAACAUGUAACACUACUGGCUGUUCUGUUUGCAAUCUUGGAUGGUACGGAUCUAAUUGUCAAAAGCGAUGCUCUGAGAAUUGUCGCAAUCAAUGUGAUUUGAUAUCUGGCGAGUGCAAACAAUGUGUAGGCAACAACACAUUUGGCAGGUUUUGUAAUUCAACUUGCAGUAAUGGAUGUAGAAGUCAAGGUAUAGAUAAAACAUGUAACAGAACGGGUGAUUGUUUAUUUGACUGUGUUGAUGGUAAUUAUGGUAACAGCUGUCAGUUGAAAUGUGCUAAAUAUUGUAGUGGGGGCUGUAGUAAACAAAAUGGUCGGUGCAAUGAUUGCGUCCGAGAAUUUUAUGGUAAUUACUGUAACAAUUCCUGCAGCAAUACGUGUUUAGAAGGAUGUAGAGGAACGGAUGGUUACUGUAAUAAAUGUAUGAAUGGUUAUUAUGGACGAACAUGUAAUCAAACGUGCAGUAAGAUUUGUGAAGGGGGGUGUAAUAGAGAUGGUAAAUGUUUACGAUGUUCAAAAGGUUUUUAUGGUGACUACUGUGACAUGAGCUGUAGCAAUAAUUGUAUAGAUUCAGUUUGUGAAGGACCAACUAACAAUCCAAAGUGUUCUAAAGGAUGUGUUGAAGGGAAGACGGGCCGAUAUUGUGAACGUGGAUGCCCACAGCAUUGUAUUAACUGUGACCAAUUCAACAGAUAUCAAUGUUCAACAUGUGAAGAUGGUUGGAGAGGAACUUAUUGUUCAGAGCGUUGUCCAGAACAUUGUAUCAAAUGUAAUCAAAACGGACAAUGUGUAUCCUGCAAAUCUGGUUGGUUUGGGAAACAAUGCGAUGAGCGAUGUCCUACACGGUGUGUUGGUGAUAGUUGUAAUCUUAACGGACAUUGUAAGUCAUGUGAACUAGGGCGAUUUGGACAAAGAUGUCGUGAAUUUUGUCCGUCUGGAUGUUUAGGAGAUAAUUGUACUAAAAAUGGAACUUGUAUGGCCUGCAGGCAAGGUAGAUUUGGUAUAAGAUGCAGAGACUUCUGUCCUACUGUAUGUCCAGAGAUCUGCCACAUGAACGGGACUUGUAAAUCAUGUUCAUCUGGGUCAUUUGGUCCCAUGUGUAGUAGAACCUGUCCUAUAGGAUGUUUAGAUAAUAUAUGUAACAUGGAUGGUACGUGUAAAGUUUGUAAACAUGGAUAUUAUGGAAUAACCUGUGACAAAACGUGUAGUACCAGUUGUAAAUCUAUCACUGGUGUAACUGUAUGUAAUAUAACAGAUGGUUCAUGUAUGGAUGAUUGUGGAGAUGGUACAUCUGGACAUAACUGUACAGGAGGUAAGAAGAUUCUGCAUUAA